AGCGGAGCCGCGGAGAUGCUGAGCUCGCCCUGGGCGCGCUUUUACUCCAACAGCUGCUGCCUCUGCUGCCAUGUCCGCACCGGCACCAUCCUCCUCGGCGUCUGGUACCUGGUUAUCAAUUCAGUGGUAUUGCUGAUCUUGCUGAGCGCCCUGACCGAUCCUGACCAGUACCACUUAACGAGUGCUGAGUUAGGGGGAGAAUUUGAAUUUAUGGAUGAUGCCAAUAUGUGCAUAGCUACGGCAAUUUCUGUCCUUAUGAUUCUGAUCUGUGCAAUGGCUACAUAUGGAGCAUAUAAGCAACAUGCAGCUUGGAUCAUUCCUUUCUUCUGUUACCAGAUCUUUGACUUUGCUCUCAACACAUUGGUUGCCAUCAGCGUACUUGUCUAUCCCAGCACAGUUCAGGACUACCUCCGCCAGCUGCCCACCAAUUUUCCCUACAAGGAAGAGAUCAUGUCUGUGAACCCGACCUGUCUAGUUGUGAUUAUACUUCUUUUCAUAAGUAUCAUUUUGGCUUUUAAGGGUUACUUGAUAAGCUGCGUGUGGAACUGUUACCGAUACAUUAACAGUAGAAACAAUUCGGAUGUGUUGGUUUACAUUACCACCAAUGACACUGCGGUGCUGUUGCCACCAUAUGAUGAUCCUGUGAAUGGAGCUGCUAAAGAUCCACCGCCACCUUACGUGUCAGCAUAAGUGAGAACAUACUGUGGACCUAGGGAGGAUAGCUUUACUUUCCAGACG